UAGCUGCAGCAGCUGCUAUUUUACAAAUUAUACCAAUACCCGUAAUAAAAGCCAUGUUAUCCAGAGUUGUAAAUCCAAAUAAACAAGGAGCACUAUUUUCUAAUAUAUAUCUGAUAGAAGCUGUGUGUCAAAUUUGUGCAGCUACCUUAUUCAAUAACAUCUACCACCAAACAGUGACAUUCUACAAAGGAUUCGUCUUCUUUGUAAUGGGUGGAUUUCCAUUAUUAGCUCUUAUUAUGAUGAUGAUAUUUGUGAAGUGCGCGAAAACUCCAUCAAAAGAUCAAACCGAUAUAGUCAUCGAAAGACCAGACAUUCAACAUUCAACUUGACAAUUUUUAAUAUUUCUCCAC